AUGAUGAAUGCUAAUAGAACAAAUUGGUCAAGGAGGCUUGAUGAUGCUUUUUGGUCCUACCACACUGCAUACAAGACUCCCAUAGCUAUGCUCCAAACUAAGGCUUGUCACUUGCCGGUUGAGUUAGAGAACAAAGCAAUGUGGGUAAUGAAGAAACUGAAGAUGGAUUGGGCUGAAGCGGGAGAACAAAUACUAAAUGGGUUGAAUGAGCUUGAUGACCUUUGCCUCAAAGCAUAUGAAAGUUCAGAUAUCUACAAAGAGAAGAUGAUGAAGUAUCACGACCAAAGGAUUGAAAAGAGAGAAUUUGUGGUUGGUAAUUUGGUGCUUUUAUUCAACUCUAGUCUACGCUUGUUUCAGGGAAAACUCAAGUCCAAGUGGACAUGGCCAUUCCUCAUCACUAAAGUAUUUCCACAUGGAACGGUUGAGUUGGAGAAUAAAGAAGGCACAAAGUUCAUAGUCAAUGGACAGAGGAUAAAGAUCUACCUAGGGCAUACCGAGAGUUCCAUGAAGUGGUUGAGACCUAUCACUUGA